AGGUCAUAUGCGGGCGCUAGGACCCAGUGGAGACGGGGGAUGCUGCUCCUCCUCCGGCAGCAGCAGUAUGCUAGCACAGGCUACUGUUGUAACAAGGCUUCAUGAUCAACUUCUCACAUUUUACACCAAACACAGUUGAGUGAUGUCUCAGGUGGAGAAGAAAGCGGGGUUACUGAGGAGGACCUCCUCCUCCAAAAAGCCCUUGAAGGAGAAGGUGGUGCUGAUGUAUGAUGAGAUUUUUGCAAAAGAGGACCCAGCUAAGAACAACCCUCGCUUCUGGGAUGAACUGUUUCUUAUGAAGGUGAACUUGGAGUAUCUGGAGUCAAAGCUGGAAAGUGUAGAUGGAGAGGAGGUUCAGCGGAUUCAGGACAAUAUCAAUUCUCUGUUUCACCACUGCGUUCAGACUCUGGCAGAAGAGCACCAGAUCAAAGUGGUCAAUGCCCUUCAGACGCUUUGUGCACUUUUCCGGGGAGUCCAUCAAAAAAAUAAAUCCGCUACCGGCUUCGAUAUUAUCAACAUGCUCAUGGGGUUUGAUAAGGCUGAGCAGAGGAUGAAGGACCUCAUGGAAAGACUAGACAGCCUUCUUUGUGGAGAGGGUUCAGAAAGUCUAAAGAGCCUUUGUCUUAAACUGCUGCUGUGUUUAGUGACGGUAACUGAUAACAUCAGCCAGAACACUAUAUUGGAAUAUGUGAUGAUCAACAGCAUUUUUGAAGCCAUUUUGCAGAUUUUGUCCGAUACAUCCAGCAGAGGGCAGCAUGGGUAUGAUGCUGUGGUCCUUCUUGCACUUCUGGUCAACUAUAGGAAGUAUGAGUCUGUGAAUCCAUAUAUUGUAAAGCUUUCUAUAGUGGAUGAUGAGCCAACCCUGGAUGGCAUGGGCAUGGUUCUUCAUCAGGCUUUGACCGAAUACAACAGGCAAUACAAAGAUAAAGAGGAAGAAAACCAGGGGGGCUUCUUUUCGACGCUGACGAGUAUGGUGGGCAGCAUGUUUAUCGCAGAUGCUGAGGAGAAACUUUCUGUACAGACAAAUGAAGCAAUUUUAUUGGCAUUGUAUGAAGCAGUUCACCUCAACCGCAACUUCAUCACUGUACUGGCACAGAGUCAUCCUGAGAUCGACAUGGCUGCCACUUCUACUACACCCACUUCAACUGCACCUACCACUCCUCUUGGCACUACACCCCCAGCACUAGACAUGAUGAACAAUCCAGAACUGCCCCUUGAUCCCAAUCUCCAAACAAGCAACCUCUUAAUUACAUUUCUGAAAUAUGCCUCCAUCGUAAUGCAAGACACUAAAGAUGAGCACCGCCUGAACAGUGCCAAGUUGUGCCUCAUUAUCCUCACUUGUAUAGCAGAGGACCAGUAUGCAGAUGCCUUCCUUCAUGAUGACAACAUGAAUUUCAGAGUCACUCUACACAGAAUGCCCAUGAGACACAGGAAAAAGACGAUAGAUAAGAAUGUCCCUUCACGCCCCCUCGUGUGUGCAGUUUUAGAUCUAAUGGUAGAGUUUAUAGUCACGCACAUGAUGAAGGACUUUCCCAUGGAUUUAUACUUGCGAUGUGUGCAGAUAAUUCACAAACUUCUGUGCUACCAGAAAAAGUGCAGAAUACGGUUACACUAUACUUGGAGGGAGCUCUGGUCGGCUCUCAUAAACCUGUUGAAGUUUCUGCUCUCAAAUGAGACCACACUUCUGGCUAAGCACAACAUCUUUCAGUUGGCAUUACUGGUGGUGAAUUUGUUCAACAUGUUUAUUACUUAUGGGGACACAUUCCUGCCCACCUCCAACAGUUAUGACGAGCUCUACUAUGAAAUUGUUCGAAUGCACCAAGUCUUUGACAAUCUCUACUGUAUGGUUCUGAGAGUUUCUACCAACACAGGCCAGUGGAAGGAGCCAGCGAGCAAAGUCACACACGCCCUUGUGAACAUCCGGGCCAUCAUAAACCAUUUCAACCCUAAAAUUGAGUCCUAUGCUGCAGUCAACCACAUCUCUCAGCUGUCGGAAGAGCAGGUUUUGGAGGUGGUCCGCUCAAACUACGACACUCUGACGCUGAAGCUCCAGGACGGUUUGGACCAGUUUGAGCGAUACUCAGAACAGCCCAAAGAAGCGGCUUUCUUUAAGGAGCUGGUGCGCUCGAUCAGUCUGAACGUGAGGAAGAACGUGUCUCUGAACACUUUGAGUCAGGACGUCCUGUUGAAAGAGUUCUCCACCAUUUCUUGAAACACACAGCGGCUCUCAACUUCCCCUAACGGAAAAACUGAUUACUACAUGUGAAUACAGACACUCUCUUCCUCCUCCUGUGAUGUCUGCCACACACACCAGGCCUGGAUGCACCUUAGUGUAAAGUGCACUGUCUGUGUGCAAUCUGCAGUAUUGGCUGGACUGUUAGUUACACAACAUCUGUUUGAAGUGUUUUGCUAUUUUCUCCAUCAUUUUCCUGUGAAUUAUUCUAAGUUUCAUUCAUCUUUACACUGGUUGUGAGGACCCUGAGCCUUUUUUGAGUUUAGAUAUUAAGAUAACAAGUAUUGGCCUUACAUAGGAGUGAAUGUAAAACAAUCUCAAAAUAAUAGUAUUUUAUUUUCACUUUGUUCUGGAGGAGGACAUUUUGAACUGCCAAUCUUCUCCCAACUAAUCACUGCUGUACAUCAUAAAUCGCAUCAUCAUUUGCAGUUAAUGAAUGUAUGUGAAAUGAAAGAAGAUAAACAUGGUUGUGAUAUUUUUAUUUCAAUCUUAAGUUCUAACCUGUCCUGUUUCAAAUCAUUUUAUUUUUAUUUUCUUACAGGAACCAAACUCAAUUAUGCAAACUUUGUUAAGUAGAAUUAAUGUCUUGUUUCUUCCAUAGCUAAUUCUUCUUGUAUAUUUAUGUA